GCUAGAGCUACUGUACAAUGCGUACCAACUACGUAAUAUUCCAUUCCAGUGUUUCUCCCCGCCUAACAACAUUGAAACCAGAAAUGCGGCUCUGAAUUUAGUACAACGACACUUACAAGUUACAAAUCUCCAAUUAACACUUGCAAUUACUUCCCUGUCUUUAUUAUUGUACCGCUCUCAUUCAAGUAAACUAGGCCAUAGUGGUCUUCUAUUCUAAUGAAUGAAUCAAUAUCUUUUUGAGCGGUCAAUUGGUAGCAUUGGGCCUAAUGUAUUCGCCAGGCUACAGACGACACAACUCUUACACUCCUUUCGUCCUGCACCCGAGUUCCGCUUCAAUGGCGGCGAGAGAGGUACUGCUGUUAGGGAUGAUGAGGAGGGAUCAAUAGCCCCAGAUCCCACUUCUACGCUAUGGUCGCAUCAAGCUGGUGUUAACGCGUUAGCGCUCGAUCGCUUCGACGGGAGAAUCCUUGUGUCGGGAGGAUUAGAUGCCUCCAUAAAGCUCUGGGACCUAGAGCAGUGUGGCAAUCCCUCAAAGGCCCAUACUCAUACCCCUAUCGCUAAGGUCUCGCGUUCGGACCGAACCCACAAGUUUGGCAUCACGCAUCUCUCUUUCUACCCCUUCGAUUCGGCUGCUUUUCUCUCAACAUCGUACGACCAAACUCUGAAGGUGUGGGCUACAGAAAGAGCUACAGCCUCUGCCUCCUUUAAUCUCGGUUUCAAAGCAUAUACGCAUGCCAUAUCACCAAUUUCCUCACACCUCCUAGUCGCAUGUGGAACGCAGCACCCUGCUGUGCGUUUGGUGGAUCUACGCUCUGGCUCUAACGUUCAGACAUUAGUACCCGGCCACUCAGGUGCCAUUCUAGCCACUGCGUGGUCCCCCAGGCACGAGCAUGUCCUCGCUACCGGUAGUGUAAACGGAACGGUCAAAGUCUGGGAUAUUCGCCGCGCUGGUGGGGUUAUUGGAAUGUUAGACCACGAAGAUAGUCUAGGACUAUAUUACAACGGCCUUAUAGAUGCCAGUGGCAAAGUCAGAACUCGAGCCUCUGCGAGAGCGCAUACUGCUCCUGUGAAUGGCCUAACAUGGACGGACGAUGGAGCGUACAUCGUGUCAGCGGGUCAUGACCGACGUAUUCGUGUGUGGGAUGCCGCUACCGGGAAGAACACACUCGCGAGCUUUGGACCAAGCAUCAGGAACAGCCAACUAGCGAGCAUUACCAUGUUUACAUCACCAACGGGCCUAACUCAUCCCGGUAAGGAAUUACUCUUCUGGCCUAAUGAGACCGAGAUCCUCGUCUUGGACUUACAUGAUGGCCACGUGGUCACGAAACUGAGAGGAACUGGUCCAACUGUGGCGGGUGUUAGAUCUGCCAGCGGUGCCCAACGCACUACCAAGAAUCGAAUUACUAGCAUAGUCUGGAGGGGGGCAGGCGGCGGCGGCGGUUCAAGCGGUGUCGUCAUGGGUGGUAGCAAUAUGACCGGUGCUAUCUUUAGCGCUCACCUGGAUGGUCAAAUCAGGGCCUGGUUACCCCGCUUAGAAGGUGACGAUUAUGAGGAUGAGGACGAGUCCUUAGACGAGGCCAGUAAGGACAAGGCCAAGAAACGGAAAGCUCUCGAUGAUGUCUUCAAGGAUUUGAUGGGCAAGAAGAUCACAUUUACCUAAGACUGGCGAUAGAAGAAUAUGAGGGAUGCGCCGUUCAAACUCGCCGGUUUUCGCAAUGAUAACACCAAUCAGAAUGCUUUGAAGGAAUACGGCGGACUUGCUGGUUCAAGUAAGUUCCUAUAUGCAUUACGACUUGGCUUCGUAGACGAGAUGGAACCCAGACCCCUCCAGGGCCUAUUGAGGGCCUAGCGAGCCUUAUCAUCAUCUCACCGCUGCUCUUACAGAUCUACAACGUCUUGGUCCCUCCUGCUGCCACCAGCUCCCUUUGAAAUGCUCCACCCAUAUAUAGCGGGACUCGUCGUCCUCAGGUACCUAACCUGAAAGGGAAGCUACAAAUCCAACAAGAUUGAGCGAGGAGAACUGCGAAUCUCAUGUUAUGCA